UGUUGACCAGGCUGGUCUUGAACUCCUGACCUCAGGUGAUCCACCCGCCUUGGCCUCCUAAAGUGCUGGGAUUACAGGUGUGAACCACUGUGCCGAGCUGGAUUUCUUAUUUUAUAGUUCUGUAAGUUAGAAGUCUGACACUGAUCUCACUGAGCUGAAACCCCCAAGUUGGCAGGACUGUGUUUCUUUCUGGAGGCUCUGAGGAGAAUCCAUUUCCUUUCCUUGUCCAGCCCCUUGGGGCCACCCACAUUUCUUGGCUCAUGGGCCUCUCCCUCCAUGGUCAAAGUGAGCGAUGCCACAUCCCUCCGUACCUUUCAUCCAUAGUCAUGUCUCCCUCUGACUCUACCUCUGUCCCCCUCUUCCAUGUUUAAAGUUCCUUGUGAUUUCAUGGGGCCCACCCAGAUGAUUCAGGAUAGUCUCCCUAUUAAAGGCCAGCUAAUGACCCCCCUACUUCCAUAGCCAUGGAAGGCAGCAUAUUUAUAGGCUCUGAGGAUUAGGGUGUGGAUGUCUUUGGGGCCAUUGUUCUCCUACCUCAGCCUCCUGAGUAGCUGGGAUUAUAGGCACGUGCCACCAUGCCUGGCUAAUUUUUAUAGUUUUAAUAGAUAUGGGGUUUCACCAUGUUGGCCAGGAUGGUCUUGAACUCCUGACCUCGUGAUCUGCCUGCCUCAGCCUCCCAAAGUGCUGGAAUUACAGGCAUAAGCCUCUGCACCUGGCCAUUUUUCUUUUUUUUUUUCUUUUUAGACAGAAUGUUGCUCUGUUGCCCAGGCUAGAGGGUAGCUGUGUAAUCUGGGCUCAGUGCCACCUCAACCUCCUGGGUUCAGUUAUUUCUUACUUCGACUCUCUGAGCCUACUGGGAAUUUAACUCAUUCAGCUGAGCAUCCUUUGCAGUGCUUACAUAAAGGUCCACCCCUCAAUGUAAUUAGUUGUUCAGUCUCUGUUUAAAUGUUCCUUGUGUUGGGGAAUGUUUUUUGGGGGGGACAAAAGAAUCCCCAUUCUUUAUGGGGACAGCUUUUGCUCUUGGGAAGUUCGUCCUUAUAUGGUCUCGCAUUACGGUCCUAGUAGCCUCUUCCCUCUGGCCUUCAUUCUGCCUCCUGGGGGCUUCCCAAUCAAAUCCAGUCCUUUUCCCAAGGCGAUUUGAGGAUGGCCACCGUGUCCCUCCUUGUUAUGAGGGGGUUCUCACAGCCAGAGGAGUGAUAACCAUACCACCCCAAAAGCCCGGUAUGGUUAUCGCUCAGCCAGAUGAAGCUUCUGGUCUGCUUCCAGAGCUCCACAAUGGCCAGGUCCUCACUGUUCUCCGGAUCGACAAUACCUGUACACCCAUCUCCUUCGAUCUGGGAGCCGCAGAAGAGCAGCUGCAAACCUGGGGCAUCCAGGUCCCAGCUGACCAGUACAGAAGCUUGGCAGAGAGUGCCCUCUUGGAGCCCCAAGUGAGAAGAUACAUCAUCUACAACUCAAGGCCCAUGCGGCUGGCCUUUGCUGUGGUUUUCUACGUGGUGGUGUGGGCCAAUAUCUACUCCACCAGCCAGAUGUUUGCCUUGGGGAACCACUGGGCUGGCAUGCUGCUCGUGACGCUGGCUGCAGUGAGCCUGACCCUGACUCUUGUGCUGGUCUUUGAGAGACACCAGAAGAAGGCCAACACCAACACAGACCUGAGGCUGGCAGCUGCCAAUGGAGCCCUCCUAAGACACAGGGUGCUGCUGGGGGUGACAGACACAGUGGAAGGAUGCCAGAGUGUGAUUCAGCUUUGGUUUGUCUACUUCGACCUGGAGAACUGUGUGCAGUUUUUGUCUGAUCAUGUUCAAGAAAUGAAGACUAGCCAAGAGUCCCUGCUGAGAAGCAGAUUGAGCCAGUUGUGUGUUGUUAUGGAGACUGGGGUGAGCCCUGCAACAGCAGAGGGGCCUGAGAACUUGGAGGAUGCUCCUCUCUUGCCCGACAGUUCUCGUCCUAUGGAGAGGCCACUCAUGCAGACUGAGCUUCACCAGCUCGUUCCCGAGGCUGAGCCGGAGGAAAUGGCCCGCCAGCUGCUGGCAGUGUUUGGUGGCUACUACAUCCGGCUUCUAGUGACCUCCCAGCUUCCUCAGGCAAUGGGGACACGGCACACGAACUCUCCGAGAAUUCCAUGCCCCUGCCAGCUCAUAGAAGCCUACAUCCUGGGCACAGGGUGCUGCCCGUUCCUGGCCAGGUGACCUAGGGAUGAAGGUACUCAUCUUCCUCCAAGACUGAGCAAUUGGGAAAGCUUCAGGAGCCCAAGAUGGGCAAUGGGGAGCCCCAGGUGAGGAGAGAAGUAUCUGGGGGCACUCCAAAAGGGGUCUGACCUGUCAGCAACAGGGUGUUGUGCUCACUCCAGGCCCCAGCACAGAAAUCCUUGUUUGACAUCUCAUGCUGACUCCUCACCUCUGCAGAAGCUGACAGCUACAGAGCUAGUCCCACCAAAGCUACUCUCUCUGCUGCUUAGAACCAUGGACAUGUAUGGAAGGACUGGUCCUCCAUCCCUUUCAUUGUCCAGAGAGCCCAGGAGAUGUGAAGAUGACCAGACUGGGUGAAUCAUUUGUCCAAAACUUGGCCUCAGAUAAUGUUUCCAUCUCCAACCCCUCCAUGCCAGAUGGGGAAACUGAUGCUCAGUGAGGAUACUACUCUAUGUGGCAUUGCCUUGAACCCUUAAAAUGAUCAGACUGCCUCUUUCCAAUAUGAAGAAAAAAAAGUAAGUUUUCAGAAUUCUUUCCAUUUUUUAAGUUUUUCUCUCCCGUAUUUUGUGAAAAACAGUGGUACAUGUACAUGUUGUCUACCAGUACACAAGCUACAGAAGACAGAGACAGAAGACAGAGGUCAAGGACAGAUAACUGUUGACAGGAAUAUUUGGGAAAGAUUGAUCCUGUUUCACCUGAGGACUGACUUUGUUCACAGGCAUGCACGCCUGUGGUCGUGGUUUUAUAUUACAGAUGCAGAACAGUUCUGUUUCCCGACAUGAAUGUUGUCCUGGAAUGAAGUGGAAUCAGUCACUUGUGGAAUUCUGUGAAGAGCUCGGAGGCUUCCAAGCGAUCUGCUCCUGAACAAGUUUGAAGACCUGUUGUUUCACACACCCAAGUCCAAAUGCCCUGACCUGGCAUCUGAAGGAUCCCCAGCCCCCAAGACCUAGCCUUCAUCUCCCACAAAACCCCUUUAUGAGUUGCAGCUCUUUCCUGGGCUGGCAUACCUAUUCCUUUGUUUGUUGGACUCCUAGUCAUGCUUCUAAGUCCAGCUCUCUGUAGCCCUUCUUUAGGAAGCCUUCCUACACAGCCAGCCCCGCUGCUCUCUGCCUCCUUUAAGUUCUUGAUACAGCUGCUGCCUGUUCUGAUGUUUUAUGGUAUUGAUUCUGUUUUCCUGUGUACCUGCCAGUUUUUCUAGCUUGACUGCAAACUCCUCAAGGAUAGAGACUCCAUGUUGUACUUUUUGUGCAUGACCUGGACCCACUAAGGAAAAAAACAAAAAAGUCCUGUGGAUUGAUUGCUUUGACGUCCCCGUAGCAGCUAAUGCAAACUACUGUCCAAACUCACUUGAAUGAUAAGAUUGCUAUGGACCUGGGCUCUGGACCUGAUCUACCCACUUCAAGCUGUGUAAUUUUUGGCAAGUUGCUUUUUUUGGAUGGUCCUGAGUUUGCCUAUCUAUAUAAUGGGUGGAUUGGAUGAUUCUUUUUUUUUUUUUUUUAAUUGAGGCAGAGUCUCACACCGUCACCCAGGCUGGAGUACAGUGGUGCCAUCUUGGCUCACUGCAACCUCUGCUGCCUGGAUUCAAGUAAUUCUCUUGCCUCAGCCUCCCAAGUGGCUGGGACUACAGGUGCACGCUACCAAGCCUGCUAAUUUUUUUGUAUUUUUAGUACAGAAUGGGUUUUGCCAUGUUGGCCAGGCUGGUCUUGAACUCCUGGCCUCAGGUGAUCUGCCCAUGUCAGUCUCCCAUAGUGCCGGAAUUACAGACAUGAGCCCCCAUGCCCAGCCUGGAUAAUUCUUAAGGGCCCUUCUAGGACCAAAGUUCUCGGAGUUUCUAGCUUAUUCUGCUCCCUCGUAGCCCUUGGCCUGUUUCUCUUUAUCCACAUGCAGAAACAUCUGGCAGCCCCACAUAGCUGAGUUGACCUGGGUCUAGUAUGCCCUUGGACGGAAGACUAGCCUACCUAGCAGGAGACCUGGAUUUUUCUUCCUGAUCUGCAAGUUGUGUGACCUUGGCUAAGUCACUUCACCUUUCUGACUGUCACUUCACUUUUUAAUAAAGUGUAUCUGGUGAACAAGAAAUGUUGUUAAAGCACAUGACUCACCAUUCAAGAGAUGGGUCUGACCAUUCACUUUCUCUGUGCCAGAGAAGAGAGGUCAUGAGUAUGGACCAGCCCUUGGAAAGGCGACUUCAGUCAAGGCUGAGAGCAGCUUUGCCCAAGGAAGUUAUUCAUGAAGGUGACCACUGUCUUUCUGACCUGGCACAGAGGAAAUGUUGGCUGUGAAUAUGACCAAUAGAAAACCUGUAUUUCUCAUUCAGUCCUAGAACCCUGGUAAGUAUAAUAACAGAGAAUAAAGAAGUGUUUGUUAAAUGAAAAA